UAAAAGGAAGACAUUAGACAUUUAUUUCAUUUUGGAUUAAAUUUUUUUUUGAAAUUCAAAAUUUUAUUUAAAAUAAAUCUUUCGGUUACGUCUUUCCGGCACUCACUGCUAAUCGAAAUUCCAAAUUUUCCAAAAUUUCAAGUCAAAAAUUUACCUCAAUUCACAGUAAAAAAUGCGUUAUUUCUCCAAUUGCGGCUGUGAUCCAUGCAGUCCUGCAGCAACUUAUAUAAAUUGCGGAUCAUAUGAAUAUAGCGCGUCAUGCAAAACAGGCGAACCCUGCAAUCCUUUCACGUCACAUGCAUCUCGUGGCUUAUUUCGGGUCUGUGAACCCUGCAGUGCGCAUGGCUGUAGACGUGGCACAUCAGUUGGACCAUGCGGAUUAUCAAGAACUAGUAAUAAUUGUGGCACUUGUGGCAUGUGCGGUCCAGGACCAUGUAGACCUUGUGGACCCUGCGCACAGUUCGGCUGUUUUGCGUCUAGCGGAUCAUGUGGACCGUGUAGUGCUGGAAAGUCAUGCAAUCCAUUCGGUUUGCGAAGUUGUUGCGGUACUUGCAAUCCAUGUGGUUCAUGUGGCCCUUGUGGUGGUUCGCGUUGCGGUGUGAACGGAACUUGCUGUUCCAAUUUACCGUGCGGUUCAUGUGAUCCUCGCUCGACUGGAUGUUGCAGGCCAUGUGAUUCCUGCGGUCCAUGUGGACCUUGUAGUCCAUGCGGACCUUGCAAUCAAUUUGGAUCUUGCAAAUCGUGUGCUUCUGCGGCUCUGAGAGUUCCUUGCAAACAAUGUGUUCCGCCUACGCCGUUUAAUCUUUUCAAUCCUUGCAAUCCAUGCAAUCCUGCGGCUAAAUUUACUUCAUGCGGUCCUUGUGGGCCUUGUGCGCCUUGUACGCCAUGGGCUCCGUGUGGUUCGUGUGCUCCUCCUUCCUGCUGCAGUCUACCCAGACGUACUUGUAGAGUUCCAAACUACACAAAGGAGUAUCUGGCGGCUAUCAGACGCUGCUGUGCGACGGCCGGGAAAAAAGUGUGUGUGAAGAAAGCAAAAAAGCCGAAGACUGUCAUAAAUAAAUCUGCUGUUAGCGAAAGUAGCUUAGCGCUAUGCUAAUAGCAGUGAUCGGGCGAGAAGCUACGAAUGUUCGGCUAGUGAAAAAAAGCAAUAAAAAUUUGUUAAAGAAUAAAGGACAUCAAAGGAUCUUCGGUGAAGUAUAUGAGCGCAAAUUGGUAUGCUUCUUACAUACGGACGGACAUGCAUUCGAUCAUAUAAAAUUUAUAUCUCUGCAUGCCUAUUUAUGUGUGUGUGUUUAGCAUACAGCCGCGACACAUUUACAGCCAGUCAAGGAGUCAUUAAAAGUGUCCUUUGCUGUUAAUUUUAUGAUUUCAUUUCAAUAUUUUCUUGCGCUGACAACUUAAUGCCAGCAAAAAAACUGUAAAACUUUUGUCAAUUGAAAUCUUUUAAUUUCAUUUAAACAACUUUUACGAUCGCACACACUUACACUAAUGCAUAUAUGCAUUUAUAAAAAUGCAUAUAUACAUGUACGUGUAUGUGCCGUGUGUUAAAAGAUUCACUUUUUAUUAUUGUACUUUGAGUAAUAAAAUUGUAAAA